UUAGGGAGGAAAGGAAAUAGGUGACCGGUGGGCUCUGCAGAGGUGCCAGGGGACACUGUGUUGGCUGUGCACGUGGUGCUCCCAGGAAUGGGCAAUAGCUGACAAAGCCGAGAAAGGAAAAGCAUGGGACCUUAACAGGCUGGAUUUUAUCAAGCCCUUCCUAGAAGUCACAUUAUCUAGGUGCAUCAAUGAGGAGUCCAGGGAUGGCUGUGUUCAAACAACAGAAGGUGGAAGACGUUUAUGAAAUUGGGGAAGAGCUAGGAAGUGGCCAGUUUGCGAUAGUGAAGAAAUGCAGAGAGAAAAGCACUGGAGUGGAAUAUGCUGCCAAAUUCAUUAAGAAGCGUCAGAGCCGGGCCAGCCGCCGGGGGGUGAGACGUGAGGAAAUUGAGCGGGAGGUGAACAUUCUGCAGCAGAUCCUGCAUGCCAACAUCAUCAAGCUGCACGACGUCUACGAGAACAGGACAGAUAUGGUCCUUAUCCUCGAGCUAGUGUCUGGAGGAGAACUUUUUGACUUUCUGGCACAGAAAGAGUCUCUGAGUGAGGAGGAAGCAACCAGAUUCAUUAAGGAGAUUUUAGAUGGUGUAAACUACCUCCAUGCCAAGAAAAUUGCUCAUUUUGAUUUAAAGCCUGAAAACAUUAUGCUUCUAGACAAGAAUAUUCCUAUUCCACACAUAAAAGUCAUUGACUUCGGCCUAGCCCAUAAAAUAGAAGAUGGAGUUGAAUUUAAGAAUAUUUUUGGGACACCCGAGUUCGUAGCUCCAGAAAUAGUGAACUAUGAACCACUUGGGCUAGCUGCAGAUAUGUGGAGCAUAGGAGUCAUCACCUACAUACUGCUCAGUGGUGCAUCCCCUUUCCUUGGAGAAACGAAGCAGGAAACUCUCGCCAACAUCACAGCCGUGAAUUACGAAUUUGAUGAGGAAUUUUUCAGUCACACCAGUGAUCUGGCAAAAGACUUUAUCCGGAAACUCCUGGUGAAAGACACGCGGAAACGGCUCACAAUUCAAGAAGCUCUCACUCAUCCUUGGAUAACGACUCACCAGUUGAUAGAAGAAACAAAAGUCCAAGAAAACAAGAAGGCUGAGAACAGUCAGCUGAAGACAAAACGUCUGAAAGAGUACACCAUCAAGUGCCAUUCGAGUAUGCCACCAAAUAACACCUACAUCAACUUUGAGCGCUUUGCCCGGGUGGUAGAAGACAUUUCUCUGAUGGAACAUGGUUUCAGCACUCUGGCUAUGUCCCACGAUUCCCUGCAGGAGGACAUCGAUGCUCUGGUUUCCAUAUAUAAUGAAAAAGAAGCUUGGUACAAAGAAGAAAAUGAAAAUGUGAGACACAAGCUUUCACAGCUGAAAUAUGAGCACCGUAAAAUUGAAUCCCUGAAGAAACAUCUUCAGGAUGACAUCAAGACUGUAGGUUCUAGUCUUGCAAAUGUCACUGGGAAAUACAUUGAUCUAAAAUCUCAGUAUGAAUCUCUGAGUCAGGAACUUUCUGAGGAACUCGCGUGGAUCCAGGAUUUAAUGAGUAGUUUUCAGCUGGAGAAUGAAAAUGAAGCACGUGUGAAUGGAAACUUUGGCUCUGUUUUCAACAAAGAUAUUAAUGAAUCACUAAUGGAGCUGUUAAAUAGAUCUUGCUGUGAGGAAUUCCUUGCAGGCUUGAAUCUUGAUGUUGCAGAAUCAAGACAGUAAUGUUGGUUAAUAGGCAAAAAUCUUCAUUAGAACCCCUUGCUGUCUGCCUGUCUCAACGUGCAGCUGUAAGAAAUCAUCUCAAAAGCACAAAACCACAAAACCAGCACCUAUGCAUUAAAAUAGAAAUAUGGAAAUGUUGCACAAACUAUUGACCAAAAGCCUAUACUCUGAGUGGUUUUUGUGCUGAUGUUGUGACCAGCCCAGUUUCUGAACCCUUAGAAUUAGAAAUCACUUUGUUCUAGGGCAUGUGUAACCCUGCAGUUAUUCUGUACUAACAUUAUAAUAAUACGUAAACAUACAGGUCCUGAAGAUUAUUAGGUAAUUCACUUGAAAUGAAAAAGUAUGUCACUCCUUUUUUAGCAGCUUACACAUGCUUUGAAGUCUAUAAAAUCACCUGGUAGCAUUCUAGUUUGGAUGAGGGCAAUAGUCUUGCAGACUUGCUGGGGAUAAUUCUGCACAGCAGAUAAUUAAAAACACUUAUGAAGGUUAUUGCAGCCCUUUAAAACGGAGCAAAUGAUGCAGUGAUUUAUCAUUUCACACCAUGAAAAUCACAGCUAAUGAAGGAAAGUUAAGGUUAUUUUAUAGGCUAGUUAUUCAGGGUACAGUCUCUCUUUCACUAUCAUCAGAUGUUAGAAGUCCCCAAACUGUGGGGCAUGCUCCCCUAGGGGGGUGCAGAGGAAUGUCUGGGGGAUGCAGCUGGGGCUCAGGCUAGCCUCCACAGGGUUUGGGGUAGGAGCGCCACCCCGCCCCACCCCAGCUCCGCUCCUGGCCCUGCCCCCACGCCCAGGUCUCUGUUCCCAGUGGUCCAGCUGCCGGUCAAGUGCCUGAGCCCCAGCUGCCGGCCUUUGCCCCAGCCUAGGCUCCGUCACUGAUCCCAGCUGUGGCCCCAGCCUUGGCCCCCUUAACCCUGUCAGUGUCCCCCUCCCAGUACAGCAGCCCUGCUCCCAGACCCAGCUUGGAGGCGGGGGGGCACAGACAGGGGUAAGGGGUGGCCCGAGGCAAAAAGUUUGGGGACCAGUGUUAGAUCAUUUUUAUUUCUUUAAUGUGAAGUUCUUGCCAUAAAAACAGGUACCUUAUGUUUUAUGUACCGGAAAUAUUUUGUUCGAAAGACAGAAUGAUAAAUCUGUAAUGGAAUGACUGGAGAACUGUGUAUGUAUAUUUUGCUGUGCAAAAUUAUUUGUGAGGAUGAUGAUCCAUCAGGCAGUGUCAAUAGACCUUUGACUUUUAUUCCCCAAUAAGAAAGGUCUCUCAAAGGAAACAAUUCAUUGAUUCAGUGU